AUUGGGGCAUAAUGUUGCAAAUGUACACAUUGUUGGUGUGACUGCAUUUGGAGUAUUAUAGGUAGUUCUAGUUGUUUGGCUCUGGAAAGGGUAUCAUUAGGCUGUAAAAGGCGCAGAAAAGAUUCACAAGGGUCUUAUCAGGACUUGUGGGUUGGAGUUAGAGAGAAGCUGGAUAAGAUGGGACUUUUUACACUGGAAUGCUGGAGGCUGAUGGGUGACAUAGAAGUAUGUAAAAUCAUCAAGGGCAUAGAUAAGAUGGGUGGUCACAGACGUUUUCAAGUUGGGGGAGUAGAAAACUUGAGGGUUGAUUUUAAACACAAUGCUGGAGGAACUUGGGGGGUCAAGCAACAUAUGUGAAGGGAAUGAUCAGGCAAGAUUUUUGGUUGAGCUUCCUUCAGACUGAUUGUAUAUGGAGGAGAAAGCUGGAAAAGAGGACAGAUUUAAGGUGUGAGCAGAAAGAUUUAAAACUGACUUGAGUGGCAACUUAUUAAGCACUGAGUGCUGGGUACAUGGAAGGAGUUGGGAAAGAAAGCUGAGGUACAGUUAAUGUUUAAGACAAUUGGAGUGUUGCAUGAAUGGUGAAGGUUCAGAGGUAUAUGGGCCAAACGCAAGCAAAUGGGACUGGCUUGGAUGGAUAUUUUGGUCAGCAUGCACAAGUUGGGCUAAAGGGCCUGUUUCCAUCAGGUACAACUGAUUCUCUAUGACCAAGUCGAGGAUUAACCAUCCACAGCUUUUAUAUCUCUUCCUUAAACAUUUACAAUGCCUGUGCCUAUCCAAUGAACAAAUUUAAGUGUUUGACGAAAAAUGUACUCCAUUCACCAAACUUAAGCUAUUGGGAUGUUCACAUUUUGGAAUCCAAGAAUAUGUUGUUUUUAUUUCACAAAAUGCCAAACGCUGUUGCUUAGCAUUGCAACUUUGACUGAAGAGCAUGUUACAGUUUAUCCGUCUCCCAAGGCUGCAGAUGUGAAAAUGAAGCAGCUGGAAGUUGCAUUGUGUGAAUACCAGAAUCAACCUUCCAUUGCUGAAAGUACAGCUUGCCUUCUGGAGGAGUUAGCAUGGUUCAAGACAGAAGUUUCAAAAAUGUACUCUCAGCUGCAGAAUCUUCAAAUAGAAGCUCUUGCAAGUUCCAGGGAGUUGAUGAAAUAUCAGGAAUUGUACAAGAGGAAAGUCUUAUCUGAAGAACAAUCUGCAAAACUACUUGAAGAAAAGGAUCAGGUGAACAAGACAUUAACCAGGCAAUUGAAGGACAUUUGUACGGUACUGCGUGAGAAAGAGAAAAAAAUUCAAGAAAGCGAUGAAGCGUUUCAGAGAUGUAAUGACAGAAUUGCAAAGCAGGAAAAAGUGCUUAAAGAUGUUAACAAAGAACAUGUUGACAAAGUCGGUCAUCUGCAAAAUAUGGUUUCAAAACUCCAGCACGAGCUAGCACUCUCCACAAAGAUACCAAAUGCUGAAAAACCACUGCAAAUGAAAAAAAAACUAUUUUCAAAUUUAACAGGAUCCAAACUUGCCAUUGGCUGUCCUUCAAAACCCAGUUUGUUUAAAACCAGGGAUUUGACUCCUCGACUCAAAGCUAAAAUGAAUGCAGUGUCUGGCAAACUAGCAUCUCUACCGAGUCAUGCUAAUAAAUAAUUCAUUGUUAAUUUGUGUUCUGUUUAAUUAUACAUGUCCUUUUAAUACCCAAUCUUAUUUGAAACAUAAGCAAAUAAAACAAACUUUUAUUAAAUGACAGUCUCUAGCUUUUACUAUUUUAUAGCGUUUCGUAAUACUGAAGCAUGCCAUGUAAAUAGGAAGGCUUCAAGGUCAUUUGAGGACAGAAGCAGCAGUUAAUAAACAAAAAGGAAAUUAAAAAUGAUCUGUAAAGACCAAUAAAAAUGUACCUAUUGAAUGCUUAGAUUAAAUUAAUAUUAGCCUUUAUCUUAGAGAUACAAUGCAGAAACAAGCCCUUCGGCCCACCGAAUCUGCGCCGACCAGCAAUCGCCUUGUACUCUAGCACUAACCUACACACAAGGGACAAUUUAUAAUUUUACCAAAGCCAAUUAAUGUACAGACCUGUAUGUCUUUGGAGUGUGGAAGCCAGAGCACCCAAAGGAAACGCAUGCAGUCGCAGGGGGAAUGUACAAACUCCGUAGAGACGCACCCAUAGUCUGAAUUCAAUCCAGUUCUCUGGCACUGUAAGGCAGCAACUUGACCGCUAUGCUGCCCACAUGUACAGUAUGUGCAUAUACUCAUCAGCAAAAUGCCAAUUUAUUUGGGAGGAAGAUUAGAUCAGUGAGUAGCAAAACCUCAGAUUUUGCUUGGGCAGCUUACAACCCAGUGGUAUGAAUAUUGAAGGUAGACAAAAGUGCUGGAGAAACUCAGCGGGUGAAUAUUGAUUUCUAUAACUUCAGGUAAUCCUGGAAGCCCUUCUCUCUCCAUCCCUCCCCCACCCUAGUCAAACAAGCUUCAAAGUUGUCUUGUUGAGUCUCAUUGUCUGUAACUUGUUUUCACCUAGCCCCUAAUUAACAGUGUUUCCUUUGCCAUCGUUAUUUUUUUUGCAUUUCUUUCAUUCAUUUAUUUUGUAUCUCUCUAUAUCACCAUCUACAUCCAUGUUUCUCUUUCCACUGAAUCAAUUUAAAGAAGGGUAUCAACCUGAAAUGUCACCUAUUUAUUUCUCCAAAGAUACUGUCUGACCCGUUGAGUUACUCUAGUUUAUUGUCUAUCUUUGGUUUGGUUUAACUUGGCAUAGACAACAUCAUGCACUUACAUGCAGUUUCUGACUUACUCGUACAAAAAACACUUGCAGUUAUGUGGAAAUCUGCAAUAGACUUGACAUGUUGGAAAACCUUUUUCUCUACACUGCUCCUGGUGAACUUGCUCGAGGUGUACAGUAGCAGUAAGUAACCAGUCAUCAAAAACAAAAGCAGCAGUUGCUGGGAAUCUGAAAUAAAACAAAAGAACACUAAGAAAGGGACCUUGUUGGGGACAAUGGUUAGGUAGUAUCUAUGGAAAGAGAAGCAGUUAACAUUUUGGGUCUGGGACUUGCUAAGGUUUUCCAAUAUGUUCUAUUUUUACUUCAGAUGUACCAGUGACUACAGUUUUUUUUUCUUUUGCCAUUGAGUUCAGUUUUGGGAUACAACAUGGAAAUAGGCCCCUCAGCCCACAGUCGACACUGAUCAUUAGAGUUCAUGUUCACACUAGUGAUAGAACAUAUAUCCAUACAGCACAAGAAUAGACCCAUUGGCCCACAAUGUCUGUGCUGAACAUGAUGCCAAGACCAACCUAAUUUGCCUGCACAUAAUUAAUUUCCCUGCCUAUCCAUGUGCCUAUCUAAAAGUCUCUCGCACGUGGUGAUCAUAGUUGCCUCCACUGUACAUUCCAAGCCCCUCUGUGCAAUUAAGAAAGAAAAAAAACUUUUCCCUGCACACUUCCUUUAAACUUUACCCCUCUCCGCUUGCAGCCAUGUUCUCUAGUAUUUGGUAUUUCCAUCCUGGGGAAUAGGUUUUGACUACCCCUAUGUCUGCCUCUCAUAAUUUUAUAUACUUCCCUCUGCAUCUCUGGCGUUCCAGACAAAAAAAUCCAAUCUGUCCAACCUCUCCAUGUAGCUAAUACCCCCCCUAAACCAGGCAUCAUUCUGGUAAAACUCCUGUGCACCCUUUCCAAAGCCUCCAUAUCCUUCUUGUAAUGGAGGUGACCAGAACUGCACCCAAUACUAAAAUGCUGCCUAACCAAAGUCCUAUAAAGCUGUAUCAUGACUUCCUGACUUUUGUACUCAAUACUCUGUCCAAUGAUGGCAAGCACACUAUAUGCCAUGUUUGCCACUCACUCUACUUGUGUGGUCAUGUUCAGGGAGGAGUGAACUUAGACCCCAAGAUCCCUCUGUGCAUCAAAGCUGUUUAAAUCCCAUGCCAUUAAUUGUAUAUUUUCCCCAUACAUUGCACCUCCCAAAAUGCAACAUCUUGUACUUGUUCGGAUUAAACUUCAUCUGCCAUUCCUCUGCCCAUUUCUGUAGCUGAUCUAUAAUUGCAGUUCUACCCUAUCCCACUUUUGCAUUAAUUCCCUUCACUGGGGGCAAUUUACACAGGCAAAUUAACCUACAAACUUGCUUACCCUUGGGAUGUGGAAGGAAACCCAAACAGUCACAGUGAGAACGUGCAAACACGACGCAGAUGGCUCCCGAGGUCCAGGUCUCUGCCAGCUGUGCCACUAUGCUGGCCAUUCAUUGCCAGUUCUCUUCCAGAGGCCCAAACUGGUUCUCCUUUGCUCUCGGGUAGGAUUUUGCCAGUCCUUUUUGAUUUCUUCACUCUCAGUAAUUACUCUUUC